AUCCAAUAUCUACAUUCCUAUCUACUUCCAUCUCCCCGAUAAGCUUCCCUGAAUCACCCGGAAACACUGUUGAUUGAGCUUCCAUCCUGUGAGUUUAUUAUCCUCUUUCAUCCCUUGAGGAAUGAAUCAAAAAUUCCUCCCCCUAUCUCUCUCUCUCUCUCACAAUCCCUGCCUCUGUUGUGCAUCCUCUCUUAUCGGCCCUGAUUCUUUGGUUCCUUGGGAAUUCCCCAAACUCGGAACCAUUUUUGCCUUUCUCUUCAACUGGGCCUUGCCACUCCUUCGAUUUGGCUCCUUUAUCUCCCUAGUUGUCUUUCUUUCUUUCUCUCUGUCUGUGGAUGGUCUUACUCAUAUAAGUGGUGGCAGUUCCUCUCUUUCUCCUCCUUCUCUUCCCCGCACUGAACUUCUCAACAAAGAGUCGUCUCACUCUCAUUCUUCGUCAUGGUGUCUCCCGCUUCCUCCCUCCAGUCGCUACCAGACGUUCACAUCAACGGCAAUGACGCAAAUACUCUUCCGGUUCGCCAGGGUCCCAAGCUCUUUGGCAGUAACGAUGGCUCCUCGUCGGGUACUGGAACUCCAAUUGGCUUUCAAAGACAUCCUCACAACAAGCUGUUAGACAAUGUAGCUGGCUCGAGUAUCCGACACCCAUCCCCCCAACCGACUCAUUUGGCGAUUCCCGGUGGCCCCCGAAUUUUGUCUGAAGAGGACCCUGGUUAUGUGGCUGCCAAGUUCGAGGGCAAGGAACACCAGAUGGAGCAGGUCAUGGACCAGCUUGAAAAGAAGGGCUUCAUCCCUGCCGAAUUCGUCGUUGGAGAGACAGAAUGGUUCUAUAACCAGCUCGGAAUUGAUGACACAUACUUCCAGACCGAGUCGGUUGAUGCCAUCGUCACUCAGAUUCUCUCUCUAUAUGCUGCCAAGGUCGCCGCGUACGCUCGUGAUGAUAAGAAGCUUGAGAUUCGAUUAGACAAGGAAGCUGAAGACCAUGCCGUGUAUAUCGACACCAGCAAGCCCGGUAUCUCAUCCGUUGACGGCCCUCUCUAUGAACAGAGAAUUGAUAAGAAGUAUAUCAACGGAUCCACUCCAGAAAACAGCUAUCGUGUGGAGACCUUCCGUUCUCCCACACCAGUCCCCGGCGAUGAUGGCCAGCAACUUCGCUGCUACUUCGUCUACAAGUGCCAAUUUGUUAACCCUAACCCCAGCCCCAACGAGACGAAUAUUGACAUUAUCGGUGAAAAGAGAUUCUUGCAGAAAGCAACUGCCAACACCAAGGCCAUCUAUCAAGAGAUCAUCACCAAUGCGGUGAACCGAUCUGGCCCCGUUAUUGAGAUGUUUGAGCUCGAGAAGAGCCGUGAAAAGCGUCUCGUCAUCGCGUACCGCCAGGGUUCCGCGAUGGGCCUUUUCAGCGCGCUUUCUGACCUGUACCACUACUAUCGCCUGACCAGUUCGCGCAAGUACUUGGAGAAUUUCUCCAACGGUAUCACUGUCAUCUCCCUUUACCUUCGCCCACUGAAGAGCGCUGAGAUUGUCGCCAAAUACCCUCCCAUCGAAGCGGCCAUCCACCAGAUCAUUAAGGAAAUCUCCCUCCUGUACUGUGUCCCACAGAACAGGUUCCAGCAUCACUUUGCUAGCGGACGUCUCAGCUUGCAGGAGACCAUCUACGCUCACUGCGCGUGGGUCUUUGUCCAGCAGUUCCUGAACCGUCUGGGCUCUGAAUACAUCUCCUUGACUGAUCUUCUGGAUUCCAACAACAGUGCUCACGCAGAGUUACUGUCCAAGAUCAAGAAGAGGUUGCGUACCGAGACUUUUACCUCUGACUAUAUCUCCGAGAUCGUCAACAAGUACCCUGAGCUUAUCCACAAGCUCUACCUCGACUUUGCAAAUACACACUAUGUGCAGACCCGUGGCCCCGCUGAAGAUGAUUUCCUCCCCACCUUGAGUUACCUUCGCCUCCAGGUCGAUCAGGUUCUGGAUGGCCCCAAGUUGAAGCAAUUGAUCACCAGCACAACCGCUAAUGAGCAUGACGAAAUGGUCAUGAGCGCUUUCCGGGUGUUCAAUGCUUCCAUCCUGAAGACCAAUUUCUUCACCCCUACCAAAGUGGCUCUCAGCUUCCGUCUUGAUCCCUCUUUUCUUCCCGAGCAUGAAUACCCUCAGCCCUUGUACGGAAUGUUCUUGGUGAUCAGCUCGGAAUUCCGUGGCUUCCACCUGCGUUUCAGAGAUAUCGCCCGUGGUGGUAUCCGUAUCGUCAAGAGCAGAAACAAGGAGGCAUACAGCAUCAAUGCCCGAUCACUGUUUGACGAGAAUUACAACCUUGCCAACACCCAGCAACGCAAGAACAAAGAUAUUCCCGAAGGUGGAGCCAAGGGUGUUAUUCUUCUGGACGUGGACCACCAGGACAAGGCUCGUGUUGCCUUUGAGAAGUACAUUGACAGUAUCAUGGAUCUUCUCCUACCGCCAGUCAGCCCAGGAAUCAAGGAUCCCAUUGUUGAUCUGCACGGCAACGACGAGAUCCUCUUCAUGGGCCCCGACGAGAACACCGCCGAGCUGGUCGACUGGGCCACUGAGCAUGCUCGCAACCGUGGUGCGCCUUGGUGGAAGUCUUUCUUCACUGGCAAGAGCCCUCGCUUGGGUGGUAUUCCUCACGAUACAUACGGAAUGACAACCCUCUCUGUCCGCGAGUACGUUCUGGGAAUCUACCGCAAGCUCAACAUUGACCCAUCGACCAUCCGGAAGCUCCAGACUGGCGGACCGGAUGGUGACCUCGGCUCGAACGAGAUUCUCCUUGCUAACGAGAAGUACACCGCCAUUGUUGAUGGAUCGGGUGUCAUUGUUGACCCCCAGGGUCUGGAUCGUGAUGAGCUUGUGCGUCUUGCCAAGAAGCGUGUGACUAUCUCCGAAUUCGAUCUGUCCAAGCUUUCCCCCGAAGGCUACCGGGUGUUGGUCGACGAGAGCAAUGUGCAACUGCCGAACGGCGAGCUGGUCCACAACGGCAUGAUCUUCCGCAACUUGUUCCACCUGCGCAACCAGCAGACGUAUGAUAUGUUUGUUCCUUGCGGUGGACGCCCCGAAUCCAUUGAUCUCUCCACAGUUGGAAAGCUGAUUGACAACGGCAAAUCUACCAUUCCCUAUAUCGUCGAGGGUGCCAAUCUGUUUAUCACGCAGGAUAGCAAGCUUCGGCUUGAGAAGGCUGGGUGCAUUCUCUUCAAGGAUGCUUCCGCCAAUAAGGGUGGUGUGACCUCGUCAUCCCUGGAGGUUCUGGCCUCGCUGUCCUUUGACGACAAGGAGUUUGCCGAGAACAUGUGCGUCCGGGAAAACGGCAUUGUUCCCGAAUUCUACCAGGCGUACGUCAAGCAGGUCCAGGAAAUCAUCAAGCAAAAUGCUGCGCUUGAAUUCGAGGCCAUUUGGCGCGAGCAUGAAGAGACUGGACUUCCCCGCAGUGUUCUGAGUGACAGACUCAGUCUUGCCAUUACUCAACUCGACGAGGAGCUGCAGAAGACGGAAUUGUGGGACAAUGUCGACCUCCGCAGGUCUGUCCUUGGCGAUGCCCUGCCUAAGUUGCUUCUGGACAAGAUUGGCCUCGAUACCAUGCUCCGACGGGUUCCUGAGAGCUAUCUGCGAGCCAUCUUUGGCAGCUACCUUGCCAGCCGAUUCGUGUACCAAUACGGUAGCGGCCCCAGCCAGUUCUCUUUCUUUGACUUCAUGACCAAAAGACUUGCACAGUCCAAGGCGUAAAUUUGAUAUCGACAGCAGUGGAUUGAAGACCGUGUCUGGUUUAUAAUAUGCAUAUUCGGGUUCAGGGUGUUGUUAUUCUUGCAGAUUUGCAGCGUUACGAGACAUUAAUUAUGUGGAUUUUUCCU